GUAUCUUAGUUUGUCACAAGGGAGAAUGUUGUUAACCCUAAACCAUGAUAUCAAAAACUUAAACAGACUUUAGGAUUACUCUUGUCCUUGUUGCUUUAUUUUUUUACUGUACAGGUGACCAUCCACGGCAAGAUAGCAUGGAUUUCAGUAAUGAAUGGGGUGAUCCUUCAAACUGUCGAUGUGGAGAUAGACUGAAGCCUCUGGAACGGAGAGCUGCACGCCAGCAUCAGCGAUGUCUAGCACAUUCUUUGGUUGGGACUCCCAAUUACAUUGCACCUGAAGUGUUGCUACGAACAGGAUACACACAGUUAUGUGAUUGGUGGAGUGUUGGUGUUAUUCUUUUUGAAAUGUUGGUAGGACAGCCUCCUUUCUUGGCACAAACACCAUUAGAAACACAAAUGAAGGUUAUCAACUGGCAAACAUCUCUUCACAUUCCACCACAAGCUAAACUGAGCCCUGAAGCCUCUGAUCUUAUUAUUAAACUUUGCCGAGGACCAGAAGAUCGCCUAGGCAAGAAUGGUGCUGAUGAAAUAAAAGCUCAUCCAUUUUUUAAAACAAUUGAUUUCUCCAGUGACCUGAGACAGCAGUCCGCUUCAUAUAUUCCUAAAAUCACACACCCAACAGAUACAUCAAAUUUCGAUCCUGUUGAUCCUGAUAAGUUAUGGAGUGAUGAUAAUGAGGAAGAAAAUGUAAAUGACACUCUUAAUGGAUGGUAUAAAAAUGGAAAGCACCCUGAACAUGCUUUCUACGAAUUUACCUUUCGAAGAUUUUUUGAUGACAAUGGCUACCCAUAUAAUUAUCCAAAGCCUAUUGAAUAUGAAUACAUUAAUUCACAAGGGUCAGAGCAAAAGUUGGAUGAAGAUGAUCAACACACAGGCUCAGAGGUGAAAAAUCGUGACCUAGUAUAUGUUUAAAACACUAGGAAAUAAUUGUAACGAGGAUUUGCGAAAAGGCCUGAAUGCAGGAUUUUUUGAGGUUUUAAGAGUAAAAUUAUGCAAAUGUGGCAGAGCUAUGUAUGUGUGCUCUGUGUACAAUAUUUAAUUUUCCUAAAUUAUGGGAAAUCCUUUUGAAAUGUUAAUUUAUUCCAGCCUUUUUAAUCAGUAAUUUAGAAAAAAAAAUCGUUAUAAGGAAAGUAAAUUAUGAACUGAAUAUUAUAGUCAGUUCUUGGUACUUAAAGUACUUAAAAUAAAAAAUAGUGGUUUGUUUAAA